UCCCUUCAGCUCCUGGGACUGCUUGACUGUGUCGAAGAUGUCCUGCUCCAGCCUGUGUGCCCCUGCCUGCGGUGUGGCCGCCCCGGCCCCACUGGCUAACAGCUUCAAUGAGCCCUGCGUGCGCCAGUGCCCUGACUCCACCGUGGUGAUCCAACCCCCGGCCACCGUGGUCACCUUCCCCGGGCCCAUCCUCAGCUCCUUCCCACAGAGCUCCGUGGUUGGCUCAGCAGGAGUCCCCGCUGUUGGAUCUGGCUUGGGUGGCAGCUUUGGACGUAGUGCCGGCUUUGGGGGCUAUGGAGGCUCUUCUGGCCUUGGAGGCUUUGGGGGCUAUGGAGGCUUUGGCAGCUGCGGAUAUGGCAGCUGGGGCCGAGGUCUUGGGUCCCUCGGGGGCAGCUGCGGGCCCUGCUAAGCACAGCACGGCCUCCUGCCCUGGUCAAAGGGAAGCUCCGGAGAAGUCCUAGUACAUCCCCACCUGAUGCCAUGAAAAAGUGUU